GAACAAAGAACAUAUGUAAACGUUUAACUCGAACUCCGCCGCCACCACUGGUGUAAAUGCCGGAGUUCCGCGGUGGCCGCGAUGAGCUGGAGAUCAAGGAACAAGGCUGAUUAGCAAUAAACCCAGAAUGCCUGGUAGUAACAGUGGCAGUGAUUCCUCACUGACGUCCAACCAGCCCAGCGGCUCUGGAUGCACCACGCCCACCUCUCAGAAGAAGGUCGUCAGUUACAUCUGCCGCUGGGAAUCGUGCAAUAUUCAGUUCGAAACCAGCGCCGAUCUGGCCGACCACGUCAGGAUCGAGCAUGCUCAGAAACAGGUGGACAAAGGCGUCAAGAAGUAUGUUUGCCUCUGGGAUGGCUGUAAAUGCUUCAACACUCCCUCCAGCUCCCGCUCCUGGCUCUUCAAGCACGUCCUGCUCCACUGCGGCGACCGGCCGUUCCGCUGCAUCCUGGCCGGCUGCACCAUGAGCUUCCCGACGGAAGGCGGGCUGCUGCGCCACGUCCAGACCCACCUGAGUGAGCAGGCCUCCCAGAAGACGCCCCGCAGCAAGGAGGACAGCCCCGGCCGACUCAUGAAGAAGAAGAGGCUUAAAUUCAAGCGGCGAGUCUCGCAAGCUAAGACAGACGACUUCUUUGAUACCUGCAUCAUGGACAGACUUCACCACCAGCUGGUAGCGAUGAACACCUCUACCCAGAUUGACACAGCGGGGCAGGGGAAGAACAUUCUCUUUCACAGUAAGGUGGUUGGGAGGCGAGUUGAUCACGACGACGAAGUCAAGGUUCUGUUGCAUUGGACACCGGAGAACAUCAUCCCGGAUUCCUGGGUAAGCGAGUGCGAUGUCCACAGGGAGGCCCAACGGGCCGUCCCGAUGACCAGCCUGCCCAAAGAAACUGUCCGACUUCUCCACCCCAGCCUAGGCGGCCUACACCGCGCCAGAAAGCACAGAAGGAAGUGAUGGUUCUCCACCUGCCAUUUAUUUUAGUUUUGUAAAGCUGAAAUAUUUUUUUUCCCCCAAAGUGAUGUAUUUAACUUCAAAUUCAGAUCAGGGGGGUUCUGACACCUGAGCCAUUUUUUAGAACCGACUGAAGCUUGAAUGUAUGUCUCUAAGACUGACGUGUGAUGUAUUAUAAUUUUGGUGUUCUCCCUGUCUCAAAAUCCGCAUCGUUGAAAUGCAGUCACCUUUUAAAGUAGGAUGUGAUGUAACAAGUUGUAAAUACUUAUUAAUAAAAUCAUUGAACUGUAUAGGGAAACUGAGGAGGUGCUUAAUUAUUAAUUAUACAGAUGAACAAAGAAAUUGUCUGGAGCGGGAUUUGAGCCUGCAACCUCCGGAACACCAUACCGGUGCUCUACCAACAUACUUUAUAAUACAUGUUUUUAUUACCAUAUCUGAAGUAAAUUUAAUUUCUGCCCACAAUGUGGGUGGUCGGUGAACGGUGGCAUUUUUUCAAAGCACAAUAUCUUUAAUUUUAGGCUGCAUCUGAAUCUGUUGGCUAGGUCUACGUCUUCCCUCCAUUAGAAAUGUGCGGAGACGCGUAGACAAUGGACCUAGCCGUAGCUCUGGAAGUCCGUUUCGGACACGGCCUUAGAUUUUAAAGUAGAGCUAAAAAGGCAUUUUUACACAGUGUGUGCCACCCUUUUAAGCCACAAUGCAUAAAUGCUGCUUGUGUUCAUUUCUUAUCUUUCGUAAGAUAUGAGCUUUUAUUUGCAAUUGUUUGCAUUAAUUGUGAAAUUUUUCAAAUGGCACUGCUUGAGUAAAGCAAUUAAAGCAAAUGUUUAGAGAUAGAAUUCAGAAUAGAAUUUUUGGAAGUCAUAAAUUUUGCUUGAAAACAGAGAUUACUGUAGGAUCCGUUAGAUUUUUGAAAUAAAUUGUACAGGUCUUUUACAGUUUGGUGCA